AUGGAGGGCAAUGGCAGCUCUCCUUGUUUCACACAGUUUACAGAUGCCGAAGAAGAGGAGACCUCUUUUCUAGUUAAGGGCCCAAAGCAAGAAGACCCCGCUUCAUUGGGGCCAGAGAAGCCUGUGGCCUUAACGUUUAGAAAUAUCACAUACACUGUCCAAGGUGACAAAGGGAGGCCAAAAGAAAUUUUACGCGGUAUCUCGGGCUAUGUGAGAGGUGGUGAGUUGCUUGCCUUGCUCGGUCCGUCUGGUGCCGGUAAGUCGACGCUUCUUGACAUAAUGGCGCAAAGACAAAAGAGUGGGACUAUAGGUGGUGAGGUGCUGUUGCAGGGGCACCCAAUUCACCUGGGAUCGUUUCGCCGCAUCAGUGCGUACGUACAGCAGGAAGACCUGCUUUGGCCUUAUUUGACUGUGAAAGAAAGCAUUUCAUACGCCGCCCAGCUGCGCACUCCGCCGUCGUUCACACGCAGUGUGCUGGAAACACACAUUCAGCGUGUCAUGCGACUUCUGGGCAUCGAUCACGUACAGAACUCACGAAUUGGGUCGCAGAUGGUCCGUGGAAUCAGCGGGGGAGAAAAGAAGCGCUGCGCGAUCGCCAUGGAGCUGGUGUCCCAGCCAUCCAUUUUAUUCCUUGACGAACCAACCACAGGCCUUGACACCUUUACUGCCCAACAUCUCCUUACUGUCCUUAAGGAGAUAGCAGCUGGUGGUGUUGCUGUUGUCUUUUCAAUUCAUCAGCCACGCAAAAGCAUAUUCCAGCUGUUUGACAAGUUGCUGCUGUUAACCGGGUCAGGUGAGCAGGCGUACUUCGGGCCCGCGAGUGCAGUCAUGCGAUUCCUCGAGGGUGUAGGCGUCGCGCCGCCGCAGCUGGACAAUCCAGCAGAUGUUUUACUGGACGCUGUGGCUCUGCCACCAAGUGAGGAGUUUUUUAAAAGUGGUGUAGGUCAAAACUGUGCUUUAGCCAUGUCACGAACGUGCUCCGGCAUUGUCACCGCCUUCCACACUUCACUGCUCGCCGUGGUGGAGCGUGAGAUUGGUGCCAUCAACGAAAGGUGCAGUUAUGGAUAUGAUGGUCUUCCAGGGGGAGACCCGUCACCAUAUUACCGUGGCAUCACGAAACAAAUCUAUGUCGUGGCGUGGCGUGCGGUGUUAAGCAAACUACGGGAUUCCAGCGCGGCGGUGGCCCGUAUCGUUGCAGCGGCAUUUUUCGGGACAGUGAUCGGCUCUGUGUACUUUCAGUUGGGUAACGAUCAGCUGUCUAUUCGGAAUCGAAUGGGCUCGCUAUUUUUUGUAACCAUGAAUACAGCGCUUUCGUGCCUAGCAACCCUUAAUCUUUUCAUCGAGGAGCGUGCUAUUUUCGUGAGAGAGCAUCGUGCCGGGAUGUAUUGUGUGCUUGCGUACUACAUAGGGAAGAUUGUUCAGGACGUGCCGAUAACCGUUGUGACAAACCUCCUGUUCGACAUUAUAGUGUACUUCACGAUGGGUCUGCAACAGGGUGUGGGUAAGUUCCUCCUCUUUUCCUGUACGUGCACAUUUGUUGUGCUGAACAGCUACUUUCUUUGUUUAUUCCUCUCGAGCUUGUCGAGAAACAUACAAGUGGCGAACAUUGUGGCACCGUUGGUGCUUGUGCUUUUGCUUCUACCCUCGGGGGGUGUCUUGAUGGGCACUCAGAGCCUUCCAUUCUUUUGGCGUUGGCUCAAAUAUGUUUCGUUUGUGCGCUACGGCCUAGCGGGGCUUGUGGUGAACGAAUUUGAUGGUUUGAAGUUCGUGUGUGAGCCGAAGGUGCCCUUCUGCUUUCCGGAUGGCGCGACGUAUGCAAGGUUGCAGGGGUAUUUUCCGGAAGAACUCCCGGAAUACAUCGUCGCGUGCGCAGCAAGUGUUGCGGUUUACAUGGUGUUGGCAUUCUUCGCUUUGUUGGCGCGUGCGAAGUAUCUUCAGUGA